UUCACUUCUUAUAGGUUUGUAACUUAUAUGGUUCAAUUGUGGUCGAUUUCAUCCCAUCUUCUUAGAUCAGAGGAAACCAAUCACCUCCAAAUGAAGUUUAUCUCAGUCAUUAUGUUACCCUGACUCCUCAAAGUUAUCGUUUGAAUAUUCCAUCCACCUAUAACAGCUUUACAAUCAGUCUAAAAUAUUUUCAAUGUGGUGUGGAGAUAGAAUAUCCAGGGGUACUAUUAUUGAAUAGUACGUUAUAUCUCUAGCUCAGCUGUAUCACGGAUCAUUAUCACAAUUUUAUUAUUUAGAUAUCUAUAUCCGCACUGCUGCGUCGACACGAUGGAUCCGACAGAGGCGAAUGAGGAAUCUGUACAAGACUCCAACAGCGCAAUUGAUAAUGCUGAAAGCGAGACGGCUGCACAGGAGCCCAGCGGUGCCGACGAGCUAACUACUGACAACUUUACUUCUACACCUCUUAAUCUGGGACAUAGUGAUACUGUAGCAGCCGAGAACGAGUUAAAUCAACCGGCCGAAAAUAUAACCAUUCCUCCUUCUCCUAACAUAGAGGUCAAUGCUCCUGUAUCCCCCGAACCAGAAGAACCAGAAGACAGUGCUCAGGAAGCCGGGGAAUCACAUCAAACGGAAACCAACGCGUCUGUACCUACCUCUCUUAGUUCGCCCAGUUCGCCGGCCAGCGAUUCUUCGUCUGGCACGCUAGUGGGCAGUGAGGACUCAUAUCAAUCAUCUGCUGACACGUCUAUUUUGGCCCCUCCAAAUUUUGCGAUUUCUGCUAGAUCGGAGGUCAAUUCACAUGGAUGUGCGCCCAUAUCUGUUCAAUUUUCUUCUAAUACCUCAGGUUCCACCGACACUCCUACAACGUAUACAGUGACUGCGGAAUCCUCCGCGUCAGUCUUUUAUUCUCGUCUCGAGACCCCUCACAGUAUGAACGACUUUUCCGCGUCCGCGAACGCUACGACAAGAGCAGGCUCAGUUAGAUUUUCAAACAUUGCCGCCGUCCAGCAUCCCGACGGUACCACGUCCCAACAACCUACAAAUCUUCCUCCGUCUUCUCCCCCUCAAGUCCUGAUGUCAGAUCCGGCCCAACCGGAACCCGAUCCUGAAGUCGCUGCUGCUGCACCACCUCCUGGUGGACCGCCCCCGACUCCUCCUGUGAUACCGGCAGCAGCUGCAGCACCAGACCCCAACCAAAACGCCGCUUUCCCCCCUUUUGUUCCUCCCUUUCCAGCUUCCGCGCAGCCCGCAGCUACCGCAUAUCCCCCAUUUAAUCCUCCUCGUGUCGUGUCGAACAUCGCCCCUCCGAUCGGACCCGGCGCUAGUCCUGCCAUGCCGAAUUUCAGUGGCCCGCCUAUCAUUAUCCUGAACGGCACUCCUACCCCCGCCCCUAUCCAGGCCGUCCCUUUUGGUAAUAUGAAUGUCAACCCCCAGCAACAGCAGCAGCAGCAGCAGCAGCAGCAGCAACAGCCUUACCUCUGGGUCAACCCACCGAUGGUAGCUCCUUCAGUGCCUGCUCCACAGCCUGGUACUCAAGGUUCAUGGUGCUACCCCAGUCAAUCACCCUUCUGGGCCGGCGCAUUGGCCAACCAGGCAAACCCUCCCCCGCAGUUCUACACGGCGGAGCAAGCGUACGUCGCGGAACCUGCCUACAUUGUGAGCCCGGCGCCGCAGCCGCCGCCGGCUCCGAGCCCGCAAGUACAGUACUAUGUUAAUGGUACGACGGGGCCGUUUGUGUAUUACAUGCAGUAAACACGGCGACAUUUUAUACUAUAAUUACGGUGCUGGUGGACUACUAAAUGAGAGAGAGAAAGAGAGU